AUGGCCGCACCACGCCCGCGCCGCAUCGUCGGGACCAGUCUCAAGAUGUAUUUCGACCUGGACCGCACCCUCUCCUACAUCAAGGGAGUUGCGGAGCUCUCGUCGCACGCCCAAGCAAACAACGUCGAUCUCUUCGUCAUCCCCGACUUCGUCACCAUUCUCGAGGCCCGGCGCAUACUGCAAGACACGCCAGUCCUGCUCGGAGCACAAGACGCGUUCUGGGAAACAAGCGGCGCAUACACGGGCGAGGUCUCGCCCUUGACGUUGCAGCAAGCAGGCGUCAGGCUGAUCGAGAUGGGACACGCCGAGCGCAGAAGCAUAUUCGGCGAGAAUGACGGCCAGGUAGCGAAGAAGGCUGCGGCGGCAGUGAAGCACGGGCACAUUCCUCUCGUCUGCAUCGGCGAGAAGACGCACGGCUCGGUUGCGUCACAGGCGGUCGGUUUGGCUGUCGACGAGUGCCGCCCCCAGGUCACGUCGGUGCUAGCAGCCGUGCCCGAUGACGCUGAGGUGAUUCUGGCUUACGAGCCGGUGUGGGCCAUCGGUGCAAAGGAGCCUGCCGAUCCGGACCAUGUGGUGAACGUGACGAAGGAGCUCCGGAGCAUGGUCAGCGGGAGGAAGGGCACGACCAGGAUACUGUACGGCGGGAGCGCCGGGUCUGGCACGUUCGCAAGGCUUGUUGAUGGGGUGGAUGGGCUGUUCCUGGGCCGGUUUGCGCACGAGCUGGCAAACCUCAGCCAAGUCAUCGUUGAAGUCGGGCAGUUGUGA